AAGAGAGAUUACAAAAUUGAAGUUUGGAGUUCGGACGUCCAUUACAGUUGUUGCGUUGCAUCUCUGGUUUUUAAAUCAUUCCAGGCUUUCUCAGUAAUGAUACUCCUUAUCCCGCCAUUUUCGCCCCCACUCCGGGCCUAUUCCAAAUCUAAUAGCUCUGAGUUUCUUCUCUCUUCAACUAGACUUUGCAGUUUCUGUCGCAAAUCUUUUCGGGUUCCGGCGAUUUAUCAGUUCCGGCGCUCCAAACGGCGCGUUUCAGCUGCUGCUCGGGACGUCGAUACAUUUACCAAGUAUUCCGGUUACAUAUUCGAACUCGGCACGUCCGAGGCAGAUUCUUUAACAGAGUACAAUCUACCAAAGAUUGCUUCAAUUUAUCGCAGGAAGCCGUUUAUUCUUCUGCGUCGUCUUAUACAGAUUAGUACUACUCUUGGGCGAUGGUUUGGGCUUCGGUAUCUCGAUAACUUGAUGGAACGAUCAGAUGAGAUGUUCAAGGUUAGAGCAGAGGAGCUUCGGAGAAUAUUGGUGGAACUAGGUCCAGCUUUUAUUAAAAUCGCUCAAGCUGUUUCAUCUAGACCUGAUGUGAUACCACCUGCAUAUCUAGAGGAGCUUUCACUCUUGCAAGAUCGAAUAACACCAUUCUCAACUGAAGUUGCUUUUGAUACAAUAGAACAAGAGCUUGGUUUGUCAAUUGAUGCGCUUUUCUCAGAGAUCUCACCAGAACCUGUGGCUGCAGCAUCCCUUGGUCAGGUUUAUCAAGCUAGGCUUCGCCCUAGUGGACAGGUUGUUGCUAUCAAGGUUCAAAGGCCUGGAGUUCAAGCAGCAAUAUCCUUGGAUAUUUUUAUUCUGCGUUUUCUUGCAGGAGUAACUCGUAGAGUUGCCAAACUUAACACUGAUCUUCAGGCAGUGGUUGAUGAAUGGGCAUCAAGUCUUUUUCGGGAGAUGGAUUAUAGGAAAGAGGCAAGGAAUGGACUAAAGUUCAGACAGCUUUAUGGAGGUCUAAAGGACGUUUUUGUUCCACAAAUGUAUGCAGAGAAAACUACCCGUCGAGUCCUUCUAAUGGAAUGGGUUGAGGGGCAGAAAUUGUCUGAAGUCAAGGAUCUUUAUUUGGUGGAGGUAGGAGUCUAUUGCUCAUUUAACCAACUUCUAGAAUAUGGUUUCUACCAUGCAGAUCCUCAUCCUGGAAAUCUUCUACGUACAUUCGAUGGAAAACUAGCAUACUUGGAUUUUGGUAUGGUGGGUGAGUUUAAACAAGAACUCCGAGAUGGAUUUAUUGAAGCUUGUCUCCAUCUUGUAAACCGAGAUUUUGAUGCUUUGGCUAAGGACUUUGUCACACUUGGGCUUCUUCCUCCAACUGCACAGAAGGAUGCUGUAACAAAGGCAUUAACAGAUGUCUUUCAAAGUGCUGUGGCAAAAGGAGUCCGCAAUAUAAGCUUUGGAGAUCUUUUAGGAAAUCUAGGAAGUACUAUGUACAAGUUCAAAUUUCGGAUACCUUCAUACUUUUCUCUUGUUAUUAGAAGCCUUGCUGUUUUGGAGGGUAUUGCAAUCAGCCUAAAUCCAGAUUACAAAGUUCUCAGUAGUACAUACCCAUGGAUUGCAAGAAAAGUCCUCACUGACAGUUCACCUCAACUCAAGUCCACUUUGCGGACUCUUCUAUAUAAGGAUGGGAUGUUCAGAAUUGAUCGUCUAGAGUCUUUGUUAACCGAGUCCCUCCGUGCACGAACAGAGAGGGUCUUGGUAGAACAAAAGGAGGACAAUCAUAUGGUUAUCACGCAAAUUCUUUCUUUCACAUUAACUGAAAAGGGUGCAUUUGUUAGAGAAAUACUUCUUGAAGAACUAGCCAAGGGUUUAGAUGCACUUGGUUUGGCAACCUUAAACUCGGUUACUUCUGUCGCUACAUCAACACUACCUUUUUCAGCUUCCUUUCCACCAUCUGCAAUGGAUGAUCAAGAUGUUAUAAACUUGCGAACAUUGCGUCGACUUACACAAUUGUUGUCAGGAAUUGAAAAUAUUGAAAGCACAAGUAUGGGAAUGAAAGAUGACAGCCUAUAUAAGAAUCAAAAGACAUACUCAGAAGAGAUGUCACUUGUUCUUUAUCAAUUCCCAUCUCUCCAGGAGUUUCUCCCCUUUCUUUCAGUUAUUUCUGAGCUUGAACCAGAGUCUCAACAACAAUUGCUUCGUUUGCCAGCUGAGCUAGCUGGAAGAUUGGUCUCUCGUGCAGCUGCAAGAACUAUUCAGAGAAUUUUCAUUUAAACAUUAUCUAGCUCACCAAUUUUUUAAUUCUAUGGGAUGUAUGGUGAGCUGUGGUGUCAUGAUCUGCAUCUUUGCCCAUGCUAAUGGUCCCAGUGCAUGCAGCCCUCAGAAUUGACGAAACAUUGAAUCAAGGACUUUUUGCAAAACAUAUAUUUGCAGGACUAAAAAAAUGUAUAAAUUAGUUAAGAACACGAAAUGAAUCUUAAUAUUUUCCACCCUAAUACCUGAACAUGCAACUUCAA